UGUAUCUCCACCUCUAUAUCGGACACAUUCAACAAGUGCAAUUUGUAAAAUAAAAACGCAGCGGCAGUAAAAAGCGGAACCCAUAAUUAAUUCCAUAAACUCGCCGCGUGACCAACAAAUAAACUCAUUUUGCUGUGUAAUGUUGACCAAACUAUAACAAACCGAGAAAAAGUGGAAAACAAGAAGCGGAUGUGUCCACCAUACCGAACGUAUAGAAAACAUAUUGCAAGAUAGAGAUAGCAAUAGAGAAAGAUACUUGCGGGAGAGAGCGCGAGUGGCUGUGUGUGUGUGUUUUUUGUUAUUUUGGAGAUAUUUAUGCAUGUUUUUCAUUUGUUUAGAAAACACGAAAUAAAGUGAAUGCAAUGAGUUGCUUUAGUGCAAUGAAUACGCCCCUUUUGGGCGAAAUGGAGCAAACGAUUUGUAUGCUGGAGCGCGGCACAAUUGUGACGAAAUUAUAUGGGAAACAACGACGCCCCGAGCGUCGCCAUCUCAUGCUGAUCAGAGAGACCCGUCAGCUGUUAUGGUCAACGGUGGCGGCGCACACACGCACCGACUACGAGGGCACAAUACAGUUGCGCGAAAUCUGUGAGAUACGCGUGGGCAAGAACUCCAAGGAGUUUCGACUGCAUGCCGACGAUUGUCAGCGCUUCGAGAGCAGCAAAUGCUUUGUGAUCAUGUAUGGCAACAGUUUCAAACUGAAGAGCUUUUCGGUGGUGGCGCUCUCCGAGAUCGAGGCGGACAAUUGGGUGCGUGGAUUGCGGUAUAUGGUUAAGGAUACGAUUAAUGCCCCAUAUCCGUUGCAAAUAGAUCGCUGGUUACGUCGCGAGUAUUAUUCUUUUGAGAAUUGCAAUUCACAUCUGACGAAAUCGGAGCAAAACAGUCAGGUGACCAUCAAGGAUUUCAAGACAUUCUUGGCCAGCGUCAGCUGCAAGAUGAGCACCAGCAAGUUCAUGGAAUGCUUCACUGAUGACAUACGACGCAAACAUGAUCUCAAAUUCGAUGACUUUUCGCGUCUAUAUCAGAAACUCUUGUUGCCCGCGAAUUUUGUGAAUCUAUUGUGCGGCAGCGAAUUCAAUUAUUCGGAGGAUAAGAAGCAAUUGCGACCGUUAGAGUUUAAACGGUUUCUGGAGAGCGAACAACGGGAUUACAGUGUCGGUGACUUGGGCAGCAUAUCGGGUUUUAUGCGCGAUUUCGUGCAGGAUGUGGAACGUGAUGUGCAGGAACCAUUUCUGACCAUCGCCGAGUUCGUGGACUAUUUGUUCUCGAAGCAGAAUGAUCUGUGGGACACGAAAUAUGACAGCAUAUUUAUGGACAUGAAUCAACCGUUGUCCUCAUAUUGGAUUGCCUCAUCGCACAACACGUAUCUGACGGGCGAUCAGUUCUCCAGCGAAUCCUCUUGCGAGGCCUAUGCUCGUGCCUUGCGCAUGGGCUGUCGCUGCAUUGAGCUGGACUGCUGGAACGGUCCCGACAAUUUGCCGUACAUCUUUCACGGGCACACGAUGACAUCGAAAAUUAAAUUCAUGGAUGUAAUCAAAACAAUCAAGGAUCAUGCGUUCACAACGUCCGAGUAUCCGGUGAUCUUGUCCAUCGAACAGAACUGCUCUUUGGAGCAGCAGCGCAACAUGGCACAUGCGCUCAUCGAGGUCUUUGGGGACAUGCUGUUGACGCAGCCCUGCGAUCGCAAUGAGGUGCACUUGCCAUCGCCAUAUCAACUGCGUCGCAAGAUCAUACUAAAGCACAAGAAGUUGCCGCAAUUCGAUGAAAAUCUACCGGCAGUUGGUGUCAACAAUGGCACGAUUGCGGCAUUCAGUCAUCGCUCAUCGCUGGGCGGCACCACCGACGAUGGCGAUAAUAUGCAGAAGAUCCUGAAAAAGGGAUUGCUGUACUUCAAGGAUCCCGUGGACAAAUCGUGGAACCUCUAUCAGUUUGUGCUCACGCAACAGGAGUUGAUCUACACCUCGGAGAUAAACGAGGGUCGCAAUGGCAACUCCGAGGACGAUGAUUUUGGCCUCUCGGCGUGCACACUGAACAGUAACAUGCAGCAGAAGCAAAAGGACACAUCGGCCAACGAUGAGCUGCACUUUGGCGAGAAUUGGUUCCAUGGCAAGCUCGAGGGCGGCAGACCGGAGGCAGAUCAACUACUGGAGAAGUACAAGCAUCUGGGCGAUGGCACAUUUCUGGUGCGCGAAUCCGCCACAUUUGUAGGUGAUUAUAGUUUGUCUUUCUGGCGCCGCAAUAGUCCCAAUCAUUGUCGCAUCAAAUCGAAACAUGAGAAUGGCUCGAAAAAGUAUUAUCUCGUUGAGAAUUUUGUUUUCGAUUCGCUGUACUCGCUGAUUGUGUACUAUCGCAAGAACAUGCUGCGCAGCUCCGAGUUCUCCAUCAUACUGAAGGAGCCGGUGCCGCAGCCAAAGAAACACGAGAGCCAGGAAUGGUUUCACCCAAGCACAACCAAAGAGCAGGCUGACAAGGGGCUGUUUAAGCUGGACAUUGGUUCGUUUUUGGUGCGGCCAUCGGUGCAGAGCGCCAAUGCAUUUGUCAUCUCAUUCACGAUCAAUCGCAAGAUCAAACAUUGUCGCAUCAUGCAGGAGGGACGUCUCUAUGCCAUCGAUACACUGCAAUUCGAAUCGCUUGUCUCGCUCAUCCAUUAUUAUAUGCGCAAUCCGCUGUAUCGCAAUGUGAAGUUGAUGCAUCCAGUGUCGCAGGAGCUGUUGCGACAGACGCUCAUCGAGAAUGCGCAGCUGCAUAGCGAGCAUGGCGGCGGCGGUGAUAGCAAUGGUGCCUCCAACUAUAUGGGAUCCAAUCUGGAGGAGUAUGUCACCUGCAAAGCAUUGUACAGCUACAAGGCGGAUAAGCCCGAUGAACUGUCGUUUCCCAAGCACGCCAUCAUCACGAAUGUCCAACGGAACAAUUCGAUGUGGUGGAAGGGCGAUUACGGUGGUAUGAUCCAACAUCAUCUGCCGGCCAACUACGUUAAGGUGAUUGAUUCGGCGACAGAAGAUUACAAUUCGGUGAACGAGGAGGGCAACGAUGGACGCACCGAUUCCAUUGAGAUUUACGGUGCGGUCGCCUCGCUCUUUGAGUCCAACGAACCGGGCAUUAUCAUCAAGCUGCAGAUACAAACGCCAACGAUGCAAAAUCCCUUCAUCAUUGGCUUUGACAUACAGGAGACGGCAUACGAAUGGAUCAAGGCGAUACAGGAUGCGGCGUUGAUUGCCAGCCAGCUGGCAACGGAGCGUCGCAAAAAGGAGCGUACAGCGCGUGUGGCCAAAGAGAUGUCCGAUUUGAUCAUCUAUUUCCGUAGCGUACCGUUCCGCGAUCACUCGUGGAUCUUUCAGGAGAUGUCGAGUUUCCCCGAAACGAAGGCCGAGAAGCAGUUCAUCCAACAGAAUAUGCCGCUAUUUCUAUCGUAUCAUCGCAAUCAAAUCAGUCGCGUCUAUCCGAAGGGUCAGCGUCUUGACUCGUCCAAUUUCAAUCCGGUGCCGUUCUGGAACAUUGGCUCCCAGAUGAUUGCACUCAAUUAUCAGACAGGCGACAAGGCCAUGCAGCUGAAUCAGGCCAAGUUUCGAAAUAAUGGACAAUGCGGUUACAUUUUGAAGCCCACGUUCAUGCGCUACGAUAAUUUCAAUCCAAACAAUCCACUGUCCGAGGGCCUCACCGAGAUCAAGGUGAAUAUGCGCAUUAUUGCGGCACGGCAUCUGUUCCGCGGUGGCAAAUCGAAUAAUCCGCAGAUUGUGGUCGAGAUCGUUGGCGCCAGCUUUGACAGCGGCAUCAAGUAUCGCACCAAGGUGAAUGAGAACGGUUUCAAUCCGAUUUGGAAUGAAUCGUUCGAGUUCACCGUCCACAAUCCGCAGUUCGCUCUGCUGCGCUUCGAGGUGCAGGACGAGGAUAUGUUUGCCGAAACGCAUUUCAAUGCGCAGGCCUGUUAUCCUUUGUCCUGCAUCCGUCAGGGAUAUCGCAGUGUCAUAUUGCGCAAUAAGUUCAGCGAAGAACUCGAGCUGUCGUCACUGUUGGUCUACGUUGAGCUCAUCAAUAGGACAUCCACUUGACCUUUGCGUUAAGUUUGCCCAAGAAGAAACGUAUCAAGUAUUGCAUCACACAUAUCUAUAAAAAAAAAACACACACAUAUACAUAUCUCGUUAAGCUGAUUCUCAUGGUAAGCACAUUCUUAGCAACGUUAUUCAAUUUAUAAGCACUUCACUUCAGUCUGAAAGCAAAUGAAUACCCCAAAACAAUUUAAGCGGUACAGACACAACUAAAAUUAUAGUAAUCCCCAUGUUUUGUGCAAUAGCUCUGCCACUUUUUGGCUAAGCGCUGCCAACUUAACACAUUGUUGGUACAAAUUGAAUUAAUCCACCAUUGAACUUUUGCAAUUUACAAUUUGAGAUUUUUAAAGUCUACGUGUUAAUAAUUAAUGUGCCUCUUUAGACUCGUCUUUACUUCUUUAAAGACACAGAGCGAGCAAACACACAUGUUUUUAGUGCAAUUGCAGCGCUGCCACUUUUUGGCUUGGCGCUGUCAACUUAACAGCACACAUCAAAAAUUAGUCACUUUUUGGACUUGCUCUCUGUAUCAGUUAGUAGUUGUAGCUGUUUUUUUUUUUAAACUCGUAACUGUGUAUUGGGCGACUCAUGAUAAUCGCAUUCCAGUAUGAAAAGUGAUCAGAAAAAUCCCAAAAGAAAAAAAGAUUUACAUACAUAUAUAUAUAUAUAUUUAUAUAUACACACACGCACAGGUGUAUUGCGUUAACGAUGCCUGGCGCAGCCAACUUAACUGCAUAAUCGCUCACUUCAUCGAACAUACAUAUACACAUAUUCGCCUAAAUCUAAUUAUUUAUUCGACUUUUCCUCUAGUAUUUAAUAUUUUAAUUGUGCCUUGUUUUAUUUGAAAACAGGAAGCGAAUGCGAUCCAUUCAUAUAUGUAUUUUUUAUUUUAGAAAAAAAAGAAAAAACUAUUUUGUAACUACAAAUUACUAGACAAUUACGAGAGUAUAUAUCUAUAUAUACCUUUAUACUAUGUAUGUAUUUAUUAUAUAUGAGAAAUAUGUAUGGUUUUUAAUUUUUGUGUAUUUUCCAUUUAUGUAUCUUACGUAUUUUUGAGAAAUAUUGUUAUCGUGCGUGAUGAGAUCGUGAAUUUCAUGGCAUGAACAUGGCAAAAAGCAUUUAUUAAAUGUAGUUGAAAUGAACAAACAAAUCUAAAAUGAUGCAAUGUGUUUCUUUCCUAUACUUUCCAAUCAGACGAACUAUACAUAUAUACUUUUAUAUUGUGUUUAACAGCAGCUGCAUUGCUUGAAAACAAAAUUGAAUUCUUACGAAGAACUGCUAAGAAAUACAAAAACAAUAACUAUUAUUAAUGCAUUGAAUACAAAAUUGCUUUCCCAUUGCAUUAUUUCAUCUCAAUAAAAGUUUAGCGCGUGUUUACACUGAGUAUAUAUCCAGAUAUAUAGUACGAUAUAUAUAUA